UCUUUGUUUGUUGCAGGACGAUCUCUCCAUGUGCAGAAACCUCACAGUCCUCUACCUGUACGACAAUCAGAUCAGCCAGAUCUGCAACCUGGGUUUUGCCUCCAACCUCACUCACCUAUACAUGCAGAACAACAACAUCACUCAUAUAGAUAACCUCUCCAGCCUGCAGAAGCUUUCCAAACUGUACCUGGGGGGAAACAGCAUCACGGUGGUGGAGGGGUUAGAGGAGCUGGGGGAGCUGAAGGAGCUCCACAUGGAGGGCCAGAGACUCCCCAGUGGAGAGAAGCUGCUCUUUGACCCCAGGACUCUCCUCUCCCUCGCUGAAUCUCUAGGUGUCUUGAAUAUCAAUAAGAACAACAUAGAUGAUGUCAGAGAUCUCGCCAUUCUAAAGAAACUCACACAUUUCUUUGCUGCAGACAACCAGCUACAGGACAUGCAGGACUUAGAGUUGGUGUUCAGCCAAUGGCCUCAGCUGCAUCGAAUGGAUUUGAGUGGAAAUCCUGUGUGCCACAAACCCAAGUACAGAGACAGGCUGAUAACUGUGUGCAAAUGCCUGAACGAGCUUGAUGAGAAGGAAAUUAAUGAGUUGUCCAGGCAGUUCCUGAUUAACUGGAAAGCGUCGAAAGACGCCAAGAAAAAACUGAAAGAUGAAAGAAUUAUGACCGGCCAGAUCACCUAUCCCUUUACUGCAGACUUCCACAUGGGCCCCCAUCCUUCAUCCGAAUAUAACUACGCCAACGUCCUGGGAAAGAGGAAUCCUCCGGAGUGUGGGAGACCCAGCAGGAAGGUCCGCUCAGAACACUCACAACUGGACAGCACAGCAAUGAGGCCACGGAACGUGAAGAUCCCAGUGAGUGCGGGGCUGCUUAGUGAUGUGGCCGACAAUGCUAAAGUCUGCGGCCUGUGAGACGGACAUGCCAGCUCUGCUAACACACAUUCACUCUGGUGACCCUCUCACAUACACUCUGGUGACCCUCAAACACACAGACACACACAUACAUACACUCUGGUGACCCUCUCACGCCUGACCCUUACACAUAAUAUAUAGCCAGUGCUUGACUUGGGCAGGAGCUCACUGGAGCUGAGUACCAGCACCUAAAAUAUUCUAAUGCUUGAGCUCCUGCACCUCUUAUAGUAUAUUAGUAGAUACUAGAAAGUAUUGUGGAACUCCUGCAACUAAAUAUAAACAGUUCAGGAACCCAAAAUGAGUACCGGCACCUAUUCCAGUCCAAGUCAAGCACUGCACAUAACCUCCCACUGCUAUCACCACACAUCAGGGGUGGACCUGACCCCUGACACACUCAAUACGAAAGAGUCUACACUAUGGUCUGUCACUGUCAGGGACUGGUGGACUGCAGUAGAGGCACUAUGGCACUAUGGUCAUAAUAUAUGUACUACCUUUGAAGUCUUCUUAAAAUAUUAUGACAGAACAAUAGCUGCCCUAUAAAAACAGUGUCUGAUAUUAUAUCUAUGUUUUUUUGGCCUUUGCCUGUUUGAUGUUUGUUUUGUGUACCUGAGUUGACUUGAUAAGAAUUUUACAAUACCUGGAUUUUAGAGUGUAAGAUCUGAUGUGUUUAUUUAUGAAAUGACUGAAUGCCAAAGAAUGGUGUUUGGGUGUGUCCAUGCUGGGAAGUCCAACUCACUUCAUACAAAUGGCUUUAUUGGAUUUUUACAAAUACAAUUUUCACUAAUUUGGAAGUUAUAUCCCAGAACUCUGUCAAAUAAGUCCACACGUAAAUCCAAUCUGAGUUUGUGUUUUAUACAAAUUAAAUAACUUUUUUUUAAAUUAAUUUGAGUAUAACUGCUAUCUGUGUCCUUGAUAGUGUAGUUUGUCUUUUUUUUCCUGCUGUAUUAAUGACAUGUUUUGUGGGACACCUACCGUGCGUAAUGAUGUCAGAUAUGCACUUAAUUGCCCACCAUUGUCAUAAAAUAUUAUUGUAGAAUAA